UCUAAAGGGAGACUGCUGUGUUUACGAUCAUUGUUGUCGUUAAAAGCUAGUCUUUUGAAACAUGCUCAAAACCAAAGUUCCAUCUUUUCCACCAUUCCGAAAUUCCUUGAAGAGGACACAGCAGAAAUGAAAGAGAAAACCAUGGAUUUACUGGAUUAUGAAGAAGAAUCGGAUGAUGAAAAGCAGUUUUGCAAUAGCCCUUCCAGCUUCUAUAGCCAAAGAAUCCAUUCAUUCAUUAGUAAAGCUGAUCAAGGCCGCUUAGAAUUUGCAUCAGUGUUUGAUACAAUCCAUGCAAAAGACAAUACUGAAGAGAAAGAUAAGUUAUCAGUGGAACUGUAUUCCAUUCAGAAAAACCUUCUUGCUGCAUGGCAGACAGGGAUUUCAAAAAAUGUCGAAGAGAAAGAUAAGAUGCUGAACUACAUAGUGAAUUGCAUUAUCCAUUUUUUCAACAUUCUUCAGUUUGUCAAAUGCUCUCUGCUAAACCAGGAUGCAUCUUUAAAAAAGUCUGCAGAGAAUACUCACUGGAUAUAUUGUGUCCUAAAAUAUUUUCAGCAGUUUUUAACAAUCUUAUGCUGGCAUUCAAGAGCCAGUCCAAUUGAGCAUGUGGCAAAGCUGACACUACAAACUUUAAAACUGCUGCUUAUGCAGCAACAAGAUCAGUUCUCAAAAAACCUUCUGGCAUGUUUCUGUCUUUUGAAAAUGGUUUCUCACACUUUGAGUAAUGUGUGCGUACUACAGCAUGAGAAAUUUUUUUCAUCUCCUCAUGGUAAUAGUCUCAUAGAACUUGACUCCCUCACUGUGCCUGUUUUCCUAGCUCUUGAUGAGAGUACUACUCAGCAAUUCAGCUCACUGAAAUCUCUGCUUAGAGAGCCUCCUCAAGCAGUAAACCAUGACGCAAAAACAGAAAAAAGGUUGAUUGUUCUAUGGCAAUUAUUGUAUAAGAAAGUGGUUUGGUAUCAGGUGCAGCUGAAGACAAAAGUAAACAAGAAUGUAGAAGAAGAGUCUGUUGCCUCAUUGCUUUUAUGUCAUAUACAAGCCACCCUCCAGUCUUCAGGCGUGACCUUAGAACAACAUCUGAAGAUUAAUUCUGUACCUGGUGAGGAGAAGUUCCUUUUAGGCUCAUACAGAGAAUCUCUGGACAUUUGGAAAAGAUCUCUUUGUGAAAUCAAGGGUAAAGGGGGAAAAGGAAUAUGUUUUCUUCAGAGUAGAUAUUAUCUUGCAAUAUUAUUUUGCCACCUGUACCAGUAUAACCUGUGUGAGGCUCAGGGACUCUGUGAUCAUCUGGUAGGAGAGAUUCUGAGGCGAUCACAGCUGACAGUGGGUCAGAUGGAAAAAUUUUCUGAUACCAAGUAUUUUCAGCAUGAACUAUGGACUAUAACAGAUGUUCAUACUGAAACUGCUAUGGCUGUGAUUCGGUCCAUGGCACGAUUCAUGGCUGCUUAUUUUACAAAUCAGCUGCUCUAUAUCUUUCCCCCACACAAUGUAGACAUCCUGCGUCCGCUUCACAUCAAGCAAGACAUAUCUCCUCGUAUUAUUCCACUGCAACACUGUUUGGUUACCAGAGCUGUCAGGGAACAGAAACUUUCAUCUGUGUGGACAGCUGAAUAUGCUCUUGAUUUGUUCUUUAUUGGUGGACUUAUUCCAGAGGCUGUGUGGUUAACACACAGACUUGGGGACUGGAAACUCUCUGUUUCAAUUGGAAUGGCCUACCAGCUGUAUUGUCAGAACUCUGAUGAAUUCUCAAGACUGAAAAACAGAGAGUGUCACCUGCCAUUAAGCUUAUCACCAAUACAGACUUUUCAGGAAAAGUUACAGUAUUUGUUAGGACAGCCACUUACUUCUGAAACAUCAGGAUGUCUUAAAUAUGAGCAGUUUACAGAUCCCCUUGAAGAGGAAGAUGCAGGUGUUCUUUAUAGUUCCAUACAGGAACUACUUAAAGCAGCUGCUAUGGCAGAUACUGAUAUUCUCUCAGAGACAUUUCAGCUUUUGAUGGAUUCUGCCAAGGAACUUAGCAGAAAAUUGUAUGGUUUAGUUCCAGAUGGGCUUUAUCUUCCAGCACCACCACUGUACUGUCCUCAGCCAGCUUCUCUCAGUGAAGAGGACGGCAAUGACAUUCUUCUAAAAAUUGAGAGAGAAAGUCGUCAGAAAGUGUCAGGAAUUCUUCAGCGAAUAAUCUUGCUCUUCCGGGCUGCUCAUUGUUCCUGCCCUGCAGCACAGUGGUAUAUCACAAAACUGCAGUGGGCAAGAAAAGUUAUGCAAAAAAUUCGAACGAAAGGAUCUCUUCAUUCACUGAGUCCAUUCCCAGAGACUUUGCUUCGUUACUGCAAUUUCCACACUGUUUUCUAUAGAACUACAACUUCUGGAGACCAUCAGUUUGAUGAUACUACAUGCAAAAUUUUAGGUUGGUUCAGAGAGCUGUGUGCAUUGUGCUGGAUGUUUCAUGUUCGUGAAAGAUUAUCUGACAACUGUAGGCGGUACCAAACUGCAAGGGAAAAUAUUUACAAUCACAAGGAUCUGAAGAAGAAUGAAUAUGAUGCCUCCAGAAUUGAGCAUUGUCUGAAUGCAGUGGAGUGGGCUUGUCGAAUGCUUCCUUUCUGCAGAUUCAUGAAUGCUGAAGAAUUAAUUCAGGAUGUAAUUUUGAGUCUGCUUGGAGAAUUGCCACCAGUGAAAAAGGUGGCAGAGAUUUUUGUAAAGGCAUUUCCUAAUCCUGAAGAUGUAAGAGUUCCACUAAGAGAUAAAUAUCAUGGACUUCAGCAGCGACUGAGACACAGUAUUAUUAAAGGUUCUGAAAGUGAAGAAAUGUCUCUUGUUAUACAAGGUGCUGAAAAAGUGAGAAUGAAGGCCUUGAGACAUGUAAUAAAGAACAUAGGCCCUAUAGAAAUUAAUAUUUGGGAGCCGGCAGACGAGGGAGCAGCAAAUGAUGAACACUGCUAUGACAGAUUCUCAUUAGGCACUAGUCUAAGCAGAAGCACACUUACUGAUCUUGGGAAUCCUCAGGUAUAUAGUGAUGCUGACACAGCAGAUACGCUUUCUGAUGCUUUGCUUGCUGAAGGAAUGAGAGCUCAAACACCUUCACUACAAAGGGAUAAUGAACAUCAGAGACAAGGUGAAAUAGGUAGUAAAAAUACCACAUGCAAGAUAAAAACUUUUAACUGGAAAACAAAGCCUGAAGACAAAGUAUGUGGAGAAGAUAUGCAUAAUCAAUCUAUUAUGCCUGUGGUUGGUGCAUGGGAAUUUGAACGUGAUGAUGAUGAAUAUGUAAUUUUUUUAGAACUCUUCUUGAGUUACAUUCUUGAGAGAGACCUGGUGAACUACAGUGACCUUGGAAUUCCAUUUCUUACUAGCUUUUCUGGACAUCUUCGAGAGCAUGAGUUAAACUCUCUCUUCUUUGAUAUUCAUACAACACUAAAAUGUCGACAAAGCAAAACUAGGAGCCAAAGUGUGUUUAGAGCAGGUUCCUGCUAUACUGUCACCCUGGCAUCUUGUGAUCCUGAAACAGCAUCUGUCUGUAGUGAAAACCAAAAUAAUUUUGAAAACCAAGCCAUUUUACGGUCCACUCUACAGAUAACAGAACCUUCUGUGUGUACCCUAAUGAAAGGAUUUAAUGAUGGAUUAUUUGGUUUAAAACACAAGUCCAUUUACAGAGCUCAGGGUGACAAUCAAGAAGUCACUAUUGCAUCAGCAAGCCAGACGUUUCCUAACCAUACUUUCUCAGGCCUGCAAACUCGGGCAACUUCCAAGUACGUUUACAAAACUGUUGGUAUGGUUGAUAUUGUACCAGGGGAACAACUCCCUGUAGAAUUGAUGGGUAAGUUGAGCAAUAUUGCAAAAUUGCUUGAGUGGAUGAUAAGAUGGUCUGAAAAAAGACUGCUCUGCGGUUCCAAUAAACAAGAUUCCUUACAAGAAGUUCUCCCAAUAAUACAUGUGAAAACAUCAGCAGCUGCUGUCCUUACUUCUUUGUGGCUGUUAGAACAGUUAUAUGGAGAUGGAUCUCAAAAAAAGAGCAUAAAGCUUAAGAGUCCGGAUAAUCAAAAUCUAAAAGAAUUUGCAUCUCUAUCAGAAGCACAGUCUAGGACAGAGAAAGAAAGUAGUAUGGAUGAAAGCUCUUCCAUACUGACCAAUCCUUCUGUUGACGUCCAGAACAUACAAGCCUAUGAUGAUCUUUGUGAAACUGGUCUGGGGAUGUCUGCAAAGUCAGAAUAUUUUAAUAAGAAGGAACUUAAACAUGGGAAUUAUUCUGUACCUCAUGUGACUGAAGAUCCUAAUGAAGUGGGAGCAUUUGUUCGGAAGAAAGAUAUAGCGUCAGAUAUAGAGUUCUUUGAUGAGCCAUAUGAAACUCCAAAGACCUCCAAUAGCUCUGUCAAAAUCAAACCUAUAGAACACCAAAGAGGAAAGCAGAUCUCCUUUUCAGAAGUAGAUAAUUCCCAGGAAGAUCAAAAUGUGGCAAAAACAACAGAAGGGAAGGCUGAAGAGAAUGCCAUGACUGAGGUUGUCACUGGCACCAUUUCUCACAUGUUUUCUUCAGAAGAAGAUGCAGAAGAUCCCAGUAAUACAGAUAUUUCUUUAAGUGAUGAUCAGCCUUCUCAGACUGUUGUGUCAACUAUGUCAAGCUACUCUGCUACUUCCAUUUUUGCAAAGAAGCAAGAAGUCAAGGAAGAAGUCCCUACAGAAGAGAAACUAAGCACAUCAGGAACUGUCAGGCAGAUGCUUCAAGACGAAAUGUUUAAGUUAGUGCAGCUACAACAAAUCAACUUCCUGAGUUUAAUGCAAAUAGUGCAGUCAUCCUUUGCCAGCCUGCCAAAUGUACAACAAAUUUUGCAACAGCAUCAAUCUGUUCAUGUGGAAGGAGGCCAACCUGCACACACUGAAGAAAGCAAUGGCUCUCUGAAAACAGAAGCGCCUGCUCAAGAAGAUAAAGAAAAACCUGGUCAAAAGAGCUCCGAUUUUCAACUAAGGAAUAGUUCAAGUGAUGAAGGCAACGACGGCUAUAUGAAAAAUCAUCUGGAUGUGAAUGUUUCUCCAGGCCUGUUAGAAAAUCACAGCAAAGAAAUGGGAUUUAUGCCACCAUUUCAAGGUUUUCAUUCUUCAGCACCUACUAAACCACUUCAUCUCCUAGCUCCUUCCACAGACAUCCAGAAAAGACCGAAGUUUUUCCCUGUUGAAAAAAAACUGCAUCACUCGAAUGGUUUUCCUUUGCUUAAGCUUGCAUCAGGUUAUUGCAAACCAGCAUUUUUACGUCCAAUUGAAAUGUCACAGGCUUUUGCCAGACCACCACCAGUACCACGAGUAGCUUGGAGUUCAUCAGAUUCCUUAUGGAAUCAUCAGUCGGCAAUCACACCAAGAAGGAGUAAGGCAAAAGAAGAUUUCAAUAUGGAUAGAUAUGACCCUGAGAUCCCAAGGCAGAUAUAUGGGGAAGAGAAAAGAUGGGCAGAAGCAGUGCGUAAGGCACCUCCCAAACAUCUGAAUGUAGAUCAGUUUGAAGGACAGCAAGAAGUUUCACCUCAGCAGCAAUUCUCUGCAGAUGUGAAUAUGGGCAGAGCACUGAUCAAUCAGAACCUGGCUGGUAUUCCACUGUUGCACUUGCAACUUGACCCAGUACCUAGAAUUCUACCAGUUGUAAGGCAGCCAAUCCCUACUACUUUAUUACCUUUUAAACUUGCAACAAAGCAGACUGACUGCAGAGAAACGCUACAGCACACAGGAAUAUCACUACUCCAUGCUAAUUUACCUCAAAAAAAGAAGGCACCAAAACUCAUUCCACUUCAAGAUCUCAUUGCAUUUGAGCAAUGCCACCAGCAUGAUACUGUGCCCAGUACUUCCUUUGGACACGACCGAAGUGAACCCAUCCAGUUACUAAAAACUGACGUUGAACCAUUUGAACUAAAAAUGCAGAAUAAUAGAAAAAGACAAAAGAGGCGUGAUAAGAUACAAAUGAAAGAGAAGGAGGAAAAGAAGAAACAAACUGUGUCCUUCUGCCCAGAUGACUCUAUCAUCAGUAUCAGUGAUUCAGUGAUGGCUGUUGAAUCAGGGACUGAGGAUCAAGAAGCAAAAUCUACCUCUUACCUUCAAGAUGCUUUUUUCAUUUCAACAGACACAAAGGGGGAAGCAAUUACUGUUUCAGCGGAUCUGCAUUACGUGGCUUUUACAGGAAAAAAAACAGCAGAAACUCAAGAUGCAAGUACAAGUACUCACCCUGUGCUCAAAUCGUAUCAGGAUGUUGGAGUCAGUGCUGGAAAUGAAAUUUCUGAAUCUCAAAACAAUGAGUCAGUCAUGUCUCUUCCUGUGUCAGAAAUGUCUAGUGUCCCUGAGAUACCAGUACAAGACGCGUAUUUAAACCAGAGAUUCCCCACUGAAGUGAAUGAGACACCUUUGCCAUCCUUUCUGUCAGAUGCACCUGAUUUGAGUGAACAUGAAUAUAUCAGUGUGAUUGAUAUUGAAGACAAUGAUAUACUUAACAAUUUGCCUGUGAUACCCAAGUCUGCAGAAGAGACAGCUACUGCACAGCAAAAUGAUAAGCUUGAAAUUCCAUCUACUAAAAAACUUCAUCACAUGAUAGUAUCUGUUACUAAUGCAAUUCCACCCCAGGUGCUUCAGAAGAAAGGCAAUCAUCUGAAAAAUUUAUCAAGCCAAGUGCAGAAGGAAGAUAAGCCAGUUGCUGCAACAGAUAGUGUAACCUGGAACAUACUACAUGAAGAUGACAGAGCUCCUGCUCCAGGACUUCCAUCCAAAGUAAUUGGUAAAGAAUACUUUUCCACAAAGCAGCAAGAAAUGGAUAUGCAAUUACAGAGAUUACAGAACAUUACAGAAAAUAUGGAGGAGGAUUUCAGAAAUACCGAACAGCUAGUGAAGAUGAUAGAAGAUUUUGAAACGGCUGCCAGUUCAGACCUUGGUGGUGAUCCUUCACUCUCUGAAAAUGCUAGAAUCAACAAAGAUGAUAUUACAGGUCAUGACAAGGAGGGCUUAAACCUGCAAUAUCCUAUACCCAGUUAUACUGCAUUGGAAGCACGCUCCCCUGCCUCUGCAGCUUCUGCUUCUAGAUUUCACAGUAGUACAAAGUCAUCUUCUGGCAAAGAUCUAUGUGAUAGCCCUUUAGAAGAUCCCCUACAAAUUACUGGCCUGAGUGGUGUUACUGAUAUCAUUACUGAUCUUGUAGUAAAAGGUGAUGUCUGUCCUUUGGAGUUGGGCUUUACAAAACUACAAGCUGAGAAAAUCUCCAGGGUUCAUGAUUCUGCUGCUGGACAUUCUCGAAAGACGGAAAAGGAGAAGAAAGAGAUACAAGCAUGGAUGAAAAGAAAGCAAAAGGAAAGAAUGAGAGAAUAUAUAAAGAAACUGGAUGAACAAAGACAGAAAGAGCAUAAUCCAUUCAGUCCAAGAAAGAAUGGGCAUUGUAGUCUUACGUCUAAGGAUAUUAAAUGCUUCCAGAAGAUGAAAGAAGAAAAACACAAAGCCCUGUUAACUGAACAUCACAAUGUAAGAAUAUCACAAGCACUUUCACUGAUGAAUGAAAUGUUAUCUGAAACAGUGGUGGUAACAGCAGAUGAAUAUAGAACACUGCCAAAGACAAGAUCACCUCAAGAGUACAAAAAAAGGUGUAUGGCACCUGCUAAAAGAGGGCAUCCAAACAGUUCUGUUGUGUCAGAAAGGAGCAGAAUUGCUGCCAAACCUAGCCUUGGGCAAAAAGUAUGCUGUUCCACUCCAUCUCUUGGUUUAACACAUUCCAGGGGAAAAGCUUGUACUCUCCUUCAAAAAAGUGCUUCCAGAGGAAGAAUGAAAACCGCUGCAAAUUGUCCUGUUAAUUCUAGACACUCUGCUGAGUACAGAGUCAGCAGAACAUCAAAACAAAGCCAUCCACACCUUGCCACCACAGUUCAGACAGAAGAACUUCAUCAAGAGACUGAUCGAGACAUAGUAAGCCCUUGGACUGUGCCUGAUGAUAUCCAAAGAAUACUUCGAGAUACUCAUGACUCCCUGUUUCAGGCCUCUGCAUUGCAGCCUGGCACUGUUUACACUGAUGAUGUUUCUGAAAGCACAGGAAGUAUCCUUAGCAAACUGGACUGGGAUGCAGUUGAAGCUAUGGUAGAAGAUGUGGAAGACAAGUGAAAAAAAGGUCUCAGCAGUUGUUGGGAGUUUGGUUUCUGAACAGUUGCUGGAGUUCGGUUUCAUUGUUCUACUUAAAAUGGAUUUGAGGCUUGCAUUGGUGAUGUUCUUAAGCAGCACAGAAACUCUUAACUGCUUUCAAUCUUGCCUACAUGAAAUUCAGUUCUUUAACAUGUAGUUUCCUUUCCGUGUAUCUUCCACUUGCAAGAACUAAAUAUUGUUGAUAAAUGCAGACCAGCAGUCUCAAACAAGAGCUUCUGGGUCAGCUACUUGCACAUAAAAAGUUCUAUUCUAUUUUAAGAACACUAUAUAACUGGUUUACCUUUGUAUUUAAUAUUUAACAUCAUUACAGAUGAACUUAUUUUUGUAAUUUAACAUUUUGUGAUAAACUGGUUUAAUAAAACUUAGUUUCUGCUGA